AUGCCUUUGAAGUACCAGACAUCCACCCUGGUAUCACUCGUGGCAUUUGGGAUCCAUCCGCUUGUCUGCGGUCUCGACAAUGAUUUGGCACGUACACCUCCUAUGGGGUGGUUGGCCUGGGAGAGGUUUGGUUGCGAGACCGAUUGUGAAACCCAUCCCGAUACCUGCAUCAGCGAGAAGCUGUACACUGAUAUGGCUGACGAGCUCAUCCGUGGAGGAUACAAUCGCGGCCUCAAGUUGGGCAUCUAUGCGGACAUUGGGACGAAAACCUGCGGCGGAUACCCGGGUCUUGAGGGACACUUCGAGCAGGACGUGAAGACCUUCGCUGAAUGGGGCAUUGAUUCCCUAAAAGUGGAUGGAUGUUAUGCCAACACGAGUACAUUCGGAGAAACAUAUCCUGGAUUAGGGAGACUCCUGAACGCUACAGGGAGGCCGAUACUCUACUCGUGCAGUUGGCCAGCAUACCUAGCCGAUCAUGCAGAGGACAAAGACGUUCUUGUAAAAGAGAUCGCUCCCGCUUGCAAUCUGUGGCGCAAUUUCGACGACAUCUACGACUCUUGGGCAUCUAUCCAGGGGAUCACCAACUUUUGGGCUCGACGAAAUUCAACUGAUAUUUUGAUACGCGCAGCGGGUCCUGGUCACUGGAAUGAUCCCGACAUGAUAGUGGUCGGUAACAACGGUCUGAGCGAGGUUGAGCAACAGUCACAGUUCGCACUAUGGGCUAUGUUCGCCGCUCCUCUGUAUCUGACCGCCGACCUACGAACGAUGCCUUCUUGGGCUCGGGAGAUCGUGCAAAAUAAGGAGAUAAUAGCCAUCAACCAAGAUCCUCUGGGGAAGCAAGGUUACGUAGUCUGGUCAGAGAACGGUGCGCGAAUUUGGAUCAGAGAGCUCGCCGGCACCGAUAAAUCUGUGGAUACCUGGGCUGUUCUCCUAGAAAAUAGCAAUUCCAUUUUUGGCCUCCAACGCAUAGCUCUACAGCCAACUCGACACAUACCUAGAUGGGCUGAAGGCACACAGUUCAGCGUGAGGGACCUAUUUCGAGGCCGAAAUAUUGGUCUAUUCGUUGACGAGUACUCAGCUAAUGUGGACACCUCCUCUGUUCACUUCGUCAUUAUCCGGAAGGUCAGAAAGUGGAAGCACGUGUCACACUUACGUAUCCCCAAUUCUGAAGAAGUUAUCAGCUCUCCGAUGCAAGCUUCGUUCCGAACCUUUCCCGUAGAAUAUGGCAUCGCCUGCUUACCGCUGAUAGGACAGCAGAGUGCUGCCAUGAACGAAAUAGCGAGUACAACUACUGACCAGCCAUUAUUCCCGGGAACUAAAACGGGAAUUACUGGGGAAGGGAAGAAUGAUUCUUCCUCAGCCUUCAGCCACCCUGUUAAAAGUGCAAUCCCUGGCAGGGAUGCCCUCCGCACAUCACCCGGAUUAGACUUGGAUCCAUGGGACGGUCGUAAACGUAUUUUGCACGCAUGUGCGCUUGCUCACGUGCAGAUCGUGUGCUCUGAAUGGUAUGUUCAGGUCUUGUACACUUUCGUUACAGAGACCGAUUGUAAAGCCCGUCCCGAUACCUGCAUCAGCGAAAAACUGUACACUGAUAUGGCUGACGAGCUCAUCUGUGGAGGAUACAAGGAUGCCGGUUAUGAAUACGUCAACAUUGACGAUUGUUGGUCGACUUUGGAGAGAGACGCGAAGACAGGAGAGAUCCUUCCCGAUCCAGAACGCUUCCCUCAUGGUAUCAAAUGGUUGGCCGAUUAUAUGCACAGUCGCGGCCUCAAGUUGGGCAUCUAUGCGGACAUUGGGACAAAAACCUGCGGCGGAUACCCUGGUCUUGAGGGACACUUCGAACAGGACGUGAAGACCUUCGCUGAAUGGGGCAUUGAUUCCCUAAAGGUGGAUGGAUGCUAUGCCGACACGAGUACAUUCGGAGAAACAUAUCCUCGAUUAGGGAGACUUCUGAACGCUACAGGGAGGCCGAUACUCUACUCGUGCAGUUGGCCAGCAUAUCUAGCCGAUCAUGCAGAGAACCAAGACGUUCUCGUGAAAGAGAUCGCUCCUGCUUGCAACCUAUGGCGUAAUUUCCACGAUAUCCGCGACUCUUGGGCGUCAGUCCAGAGUAUCACCAAUUUUUGGGCUCGAACUAGUCCAACUAACAUACUAAUACGCGCAGCGGGUCCUGGCCACUGGAAUGAUCCCGACAUGAUAGUGGUCGGCAACAACGGUCUGAGCGAGGUUGAGCAACAGUCACAGUUCGCACUAUGGGCUAUGUUCGCCGCUCCUCUGUAUAUGACUGCUGAUCUACGAACGUUUCCUUCGUGGGCUCGGAAGAUCGUACAGAAUAAAGAGAUAAUAGCCGUCAACCAAGACCUUCUAGGGAAGCAGGGUUACGUAGUGUGGUCAGAGAAGCGUGCGCGAAUUUGGAUCAAAGAGCUUACCGCCACCGAUAAACCUGCCGAUACUUGGGCUGUUCUCCUAGAAAAUAGCAAUUCUAUCUAUGGCCCUAAACGCAUAGUUCUACAGCCAGCUCGACACAUACCAGGAUGGGCUGAAGGCACACAGUUUAGCGUGAGAGAUUUAUUCCGAGGCCGAGAUGUUGGUGUAUUCGAUAAGGCGUACUCCGUUGACGUGGAUACCUCCUCUGUUCAGUUCGUCAUCAUCCGGAAGGUUAAAGACGAAACCAUCUUGUUGUAG